AUGAGAUGUGACUUGACUACCAACGCUUCAUAUAUAAGAGUGUACUGGAAUAAGCACACCCUUCGCUUCGGCUCUGUGACCACACGAGGUCCAAACGCCCCACGGGCGGUGCGGGGCGACGCCGGGGCAGCCAUAGGCGGGCGGGCGGUUCCGGGCCGGGCCCCAGGGGCGGUUCGGGAGCGGCCCUCGGCGGGCGGGCGAUCCCGGGCCGAGCCCCAGGAGCGGUUCCUGGCGAAGCCCCAGGAGCGGUUCCGGGGCGGCCCUCGGCGGGCGGGCUGCUCCGGGCCAGACCCCAGGAGCGGGCGGUUCCGGGCCGGGCCCCAGGAGCGGUUCCGGGGCAGCCCUCGGCCGGCGGGCGGCUGCUCCGGGGCGGUGUCCGGCGUCACUGCCGCUUCCUCGGCGGGCGAUUCGAAGGCGAUGUCGGGAAGCGGGGCCGCUGCCGCUCCCUCGGCGGGCGGGCGGGACACGAUGGCGCUGUGUCGUGAGCUGGAGUCCUCGCAGUCGCUGCUGGAGCCGGGCGGCGGCCGGGCCGAGCAGCAGCAGGAGCAGCGAGAGCUGCAGGCGGGCGCAGCCCCCAUGCCCAUGGUGUUUAUGUGCGGCGGCUGCAGGCGGCCCGUGGGCGACACCACGAGCUGGGAGUUCAAUGACGAGGAGAGCGGCUGCAUCGUGCUGCGCAGUGAGUGCCGGCCCUGCCAUCCCGGCGCGACCCGCGGUCACUGCCUCCUUCCCCCCCCACGAGCAGAUCCGGGGCAGCCCUCGGCGGGAAGACUGUCCGGUGUCAGUGCCGCUUCCUCGGCGGGCGAUUCGAAGGCGAUGUCGGGAAGCGGGGCCGCUGCCGCUCCCUCGGCGGGCGGGCGGGACACGAUGGCGCUGUGUCGUGAGCUGGAGUCCUCGCAGUCGCUGCUGGAGCCGGGCGGCGGCCGGGCCGAGCAGCAGCAGGAGCAGCGAGAGCUGCAGGCGGGCGCAGCCCCCAUGCCCAUGGUGUUUAUGUGCGGCGGCUGCAGGCGGCCCGUGGGCGACACCACGAGCUGGGAGUUCAAUGACGAGGAGAGCGGCUGCAUCGUGCUGCGCAGUGCGACCGCCAUCGUCGCCGUGGACCCAGAGCCGAAGCUCUCUACACUCCCCGGCGAGUACGGAUGUGUGAUAGAAACCUUACUCUGCUCUGGCUGCUCAACGAUACUUGGCAGCAUCUACAGGUGUACCCCAAGGAAUCUUGACUACAAGAGAGAUUUGUUCUGUUUCAAUGUUGACUCUGUUGAAAGCUAUAUUCUAGGAACCACAGAAAAGCAAGCUGUUAUUCAUGAGGAACCCCUUACUCUUGAAAGUCGAGCUGUAUUCCAAGAGGAUCUACAAAAGGUAGAUAUGAUAAUCAGAGCUCUGGAGACAAAACUGAGCAUUAUUGAGUCGCGUGUGGCUGCUCUGCACAGGCCGGUCUGAGAGGAAAUGUAGGUUGAGCUGCAGGACAAUGGCCAAGGAAACAGAUGAAACUUGAAGAAACUUGAAGGAAUUUGGACAUGUGAAAACAAGCUGUUCUCUCUUCUCCAGAGCAAGG